AUGUUAUUCUAUCAUGCAUUUCGAAAACCAACAGCUAACAAAAAAGCAACGAUAUGCGCAGAAAAAAGUCACGCAGGAAAACAUUUGCUGCUCGCGUGCUAUGUAUCCACUGCGCCAACAAAUAAGGGCGAUAGCGGCGGUAAUGGAAAUUCCGGAAGUCACAGUGGUCCAGGCUUAGCCGCUCACAAUAACACGGCAAAUAAUAAUGGAAACACUUCAAGCCCCCCGGGAAAUAACGGUGGAACAGGUUCAGGUGGUAAUGGGAAUAACGGUGGACACAGUUCAAAAGCUCCGGGAAAUAACGGUGGAACAGGUUCAGGUGGUAAUGGAAAUAAGGGUGGAACAGGUUCUGGCGGUGAUGGAAAUAAGGGUGGAACAGGUUCAGGCGGUGAUGGAAAUAAGGGUGGAACAGGUUCUGGCGGUGAUGGAAAUAAGGGUGGAACAGGUUCUGGCGGUGAUGGAAAUAAGGGUGGAACAGGUUCUGGCGGUGAUGGAAAUAAAGGUGGACACAGUUCAAAAGCUCCGGGAAAUAACGGUGGAACAGGUCCAGGUGGUCCGUGA